AUGGAAAACGAUAUGUCCGAACUAACAUUAAACGAUAUAGAAAUAGAUGAAUCCGUGGAAGAAGUACAUGCGAAUAAUAGACAUUUCAGGAAGAAAGAGGCCACCACAUCUACGCAAGAUGUAACAUGCUACAAAUGUGGAAAACAAGGCCACAUAAAGCCGGAAUAUCCUAAACUUUCAAAGAAAGGAGGAUUCAAGAGCAAGAAGGACUUCAAGAAUAAAAAGGCAUAUCUUGCAUGGGAGGACAAUGAAAUUAGCUCUUCAUCUGGAUCAGAUAGCGAGGAAUUUGCAAACUUUGCGCUAAUGGCUUCACAUCAUUCUGAUGAUGAAGAAGAGGUUCUUGCUACGAUUUUAACUUUGUGGUUAGCAGACAAAUCUGGUCGCCGGCUUUUACUUAUUGUUUCUUCAUCUGCAAUGGCUUUGAGUCUUUUGGUUGUUUCAAUAUCAUUCUACUUGAAGGAAUAUAUAUCACCAGAUUCUGAUUUAUAUGCGACAUUGAGCCUCGUAUCGGUGGCUGGAGUUGUGGUCAUGGUUAUUGCAUUCUCUCUGGGAUUAGGAGCAAUGCCAUGGAUUAUAAUGUCUGAGAUUCUUCCGAUUAACAUCAAAGGCCUAGCUGGAAGUUUUGCAACACUUGCCAAUUGGUUCUUUUCCUGGUUGGUUACAUUAACAGCAAAUUUGCUCUUGGAUUGGAGUUCGGGAGGUUCGGUUCUGUUGGAGAUUGGAGUAGUGGUUGAAGAUUUGGUGAAGGUGUUUUGUUAG